AUGACUCGCUUUUCGUCUUUGGUUUUGGUAUCACUGGCAUUGGUGCUUGCAUUCUGCUCCUCGAUAUCUGCAAGUACUAGUCUUACUUUACACUAUGACAUUGUCAAGGUGUCGAAUUCUAGUAAGGAUUUGAGCGACGUUUACAACGAAGGCGGACAAGAAGACUAUACUAGCGGCAUUGAGCAGGUUAAAGGUGCUCGUUCUCCCGAUGGCAGCGGUGUCUCGGGUGUUCUUUUCGACCUGGGCGAUGCUUGUUCGAAAAACACCAGCAACGUCAUCCCGGCCUUUUCCCUCCCUGCUGCUCUCAGCUCGCAACGGAUAGCUCUCAUACGAUCAUCCUCAAGCUGUUCCGUCCACGAUCAGCUCGUCACAGCUCAACAAAGCCAAGUCGUCGGUGCCGUCGUCUAUGGAUCUGUCGAUGCUUCAGCUCCGGAUUCUUCCAGCACUGAAAUCACCAUCCCUGCUUUUCGCGUAGACGACAGUACCGGACAAAAUUUGUACCAGCUGUUGGAAAAGAAUGUCCAGGACCGUUCCACCCAGCCCGACCUUGCUGUGAAACUCGUCAUGGUCUCGUCGCAUGAAGGCUUUGGUAGUCCUUGGCAGAUUGCUAUCAUCGUUAUCGGUUGCAUAUUAAUUAUAUCUUUCCUUGUCUCUGUCGCAAUUCAUUUCCGCUUAUACCAACUCCGACAUCGCGAAAGUGCAGACAUGAUAGCCCAAAGCGAAGCCGCCGCAAACGCUAAACUCGACGUUAUCUUCACUCUCAACAAAUCCGUCGUCAAAUCAUUCCCAACCAAAGUCUUCCAUCGCUCCAUUGGUGACAAGAUCCGUUCUUCCAUAUACCCAAAUGGCAAAUCCUCUAGCAGUCGUCCAUCCUCUGUCAGGUCCAUGAAGUCUAUCAACAAGGAGAACGCCAACGAUCUAUGUGCUAUCUGUUUGGAAGAGUUCCAAGAUGGCGAAGAACUCCGUGUAUUGCCCAACUGCAAACAUACCUAUCACAUCCAUUGCGUUGAUAAAUGGUUGACGACCAAGUCCUCGCACUGUCCUCUGUGCAAGCAAGAUUGUACUCCUCCGGAAUUGGCUUCCAAGAGACAAAAGAAGUACGAAAAGUGCAACCAGUUGCACACCAGAUUGGACGAUAUCUUUGCCACUGGCGGUUCUUCUUCUUCUUCCAACAGCCAUUCUGAAAGAUCAGGACUCGGAUUUUUGAAUUGGUUUGGAAACAGUCAGCACGAACAGCACGGUGGAAGACGAUGCAACGAUGAUUUGUUCUCCGUUCAGGAACUCCCGCCCGCAGCCAUGAAGCAGGAGAGAUUUGUAUGA